CAUAGAUCAUUAGGCACCGCCAAUUCCAAAAUAUGAAAUUAUUAUAUUCUCUUUUCUGUGUUAAUUCAAAAAUAAACAAAAGUGCUUUGUUUAUUUCUUACUUGCACUAUUUAGCAGGUUUCUGAGAAAGACAGACAGAACGAAACAAAAACCUAAAAAAUAGGUUUUUGAAUCUUUUGACUUCAUCUAUGGCUGGGUAUGUAACCUUCGUUUACUUACAAUAUCUUUGAUUUGAUUAUCAUGCUCAGUUUUCAGUUGAUUUUCCAUUUCAAACAUCGUAGUACAAGAUGAAACUGUUUUGUUACAAUAUUGAGGUUACCUAGUAUCUUGUGAAAAUUGAUAGCUUUUUCAUAAGCUAUAAGUUUUUAAAAAAAAACAAUUGUUACCAAACUGAGCUCGCUCUUAUAAGCUAUAAGUCGGCUUAUUGGCCAUCCAGUUCCCGGACCGAGUCUAAUAAGUAGUGAGUUGGAGUUGCAAUUGGAGAGAGACAGAACAACACAAGGGAAGGCGCGAAGCAGAGCAUAACAGAAAACGGAAAUGGCUUCCAGUAUCAAUAUAUUCACUCCACUUCCACUCACCGCCGGCACCCGGAACCCGACCUUCUAUUUUCCCCGGCGGCGACCAAAUUCAGUUUCUUUCGUUGCAAAUUCAACUGAAUCUCCUCCUGAAAUAGAGCUCGAAUUCAUCGGGCCGAAACCAGACGGUGCUUCGGGGUCGUAUCCGGUGGAUAAAGCGACGGCGAUAAGUGGAGAUAAGCUGUUGAGGAGUAUCAUGUCGGAUAACAAGAUUGAGCUAUAUGCCACCUAUGGGAAGUUGAUGAACUGUGGAGGAGGGGGUAGCUGCGGAACUUGUAUCGUCGAGAUCAUUGAAGGAAAGGAUCUUUUAAAUGAAAGGACAAAUACUGAACUCAAAUAUCUUAAGAAGAAACCUGAAUCUUGGAGACUGGCUUGUCAAACUAUUGUAGGGAACAAAGAAAACUCUGGCAAGGUUGUUGUUCAAAGGAUUCCUCAAUGGAAGAAGUAACAAACCAAGCCAACAAGUAGCGCAUCAUGGAUUUUUGUAUCAUUAAUUUAUGAUUGAUUUGGUGUAAGUUUGCUAAUAUAUACUAUACUAUCUGUGUAAUGUAAUGUAUAAUUCCCCUUACAUAAUGUUUGCCACUUGGUUUGUAAUCAUUUUAUAUAUCUAACAUGUUUGCUUUGUAUAAUCACUUUA